CGCGUGUCUCCUCCGUGCGCGUGCAUGCUCGCCGUCUCGGGCGUCGUACACGCUGUGGCAGCUGGUGCACGACUCUGGCUCGGCGGCGGAUGGAGGCUGGGGCGAGUGAGCGGACUGAUGCCUCGUCAGUCUUGGCAGGCUAUAUUUACGCGUUGGGAGUGCUGAGCCGCAGAGUGUCGUAAAGAUAGUCACAGCUUGUCCUUGGCCUCCUCGUCCUUAUAAGCCCAACCAACACCAAUUCACCGCCCAGCUCUCCUUGCAUCCGAAAAGCCCCUUCACCGUCCCAGGUACCCGCUCCUCCAUGAACUCCCUCCCAUCCCCGCCUCUCCAGCCCCUCCCGUCCGGCUCUUCUCGCCACCACGACCAGGUCAUGGAGACACUUCUGGCCUCUGCGUGGAAAUCCAUCCAGCAGGCACCACCACCAAGCCUGCGCGACAUUCUUGACGCCUACCGCACGAAAGGCGACGGUGACCGCGACAUGCUCAUCGCCAUGCUCAAUGCCAAGAGUGCUGAGGAUCAGCGCAUCGCAUCCGUCGCAUCAUUGCAGCGCUCUAUGCUCGAAAUGUAUCAGCCAUCAUUGCAGGCGUCUUCGCAGUCCAUUCCUCCGCUGCAGCUUUCUGCCGAGAGCUCGCAUUCGCACCACUCGCACUCACAUUCGCACUCGCCAUACGCCCUCCACCACCACUACUCCUCCACAUCGCACAUGCCGUCUCCCCCUACCACCUCAUAUGACCACUCACCAUAUGCGCAUGAUGAAUCCGUGCACCACUCGCACCGACGAAGCGACUCCGGCUCCUUCUCACAGCGCGACUCACUUGUCGUGCCGUCUGCAUCGCCUUCGCGGAAACGGCGCCGCUCGUCCUCGCGCGAGCGUGUCGACACGCAUGAUCUACCCUUCCCUCCGUCGCCGUACUCGUCCGCGAGCUCGCACAGCAGCGGUGGCUCACCACGUUCACGGGAGAGCAUGGCCAUUGGCGCGCUGCUCUCGUCGUCACAAAGCAGGACUGCUGCCGAGGAAAAUGCGCGACGUCUGUCGACCUCGAGCACCUCCGUGCGGGAGGGUUGAUGUGCCUGCUUGCUCCGUUUCUCGCUUUGGGUCUCGUUGUAUUGCAUGCCGGGUCGUGUAUCGCAUAAUGCUAUGUAUUGGAUGUGGAUGUGGUUUCUCGCUUUCCUUCGGUGGUCGGUCUAUCUUACAGCUGUCUCUGCUUUUGCACCAUGAUGUCGUUGUAUAUGCGCUAUGCCGCUGCGAUCGUGUACCUUCUACUACGUAUUGGAGUAAUUGCAUGAUUUGUCUCUGCUCAUCUGGUUGUGGGGUGUUAUGCAUUAUGCAUUAGCCUUUGUCGAUCGAUCACAGUGCGCAGGGGGCAAUUAGAGAACUGAUUAAUGGCCAU